GGAUGCGAAGGAGACAAGCGCCUUUUCUGAGCGCAUGUCAAAACACCCGUUUGUAUACAAAUACUUAAUUUUACUCUGCGUAACUCUUCUGCUUGAAUAAAACCCGCAGUGUGACACCGGCAAAUCUUUCGGUGAGGUCUGACGUGUCAGCAUGGCCCCAAAAAAGGAGCGAAUGCCCAAUGAUCAAAAUGAUAGCUGGGUUGUCAUUAUGGCAGACUCCGCCAUAGACGUACAGAGCAAGGACAGUGACCCAACUUUUGUGAGACUGCGGAAUCCCUCAACAGAUCAAGCCUCUCUGUACAUGCUGAGUGGUGGCGGUGAUGGCGUGCUGCAGCUUUAUGAGGUCAAAGCAUUUGAAGAGGACUUUCGCUCCUGGUUUGUUGGCCAGAUUGUCCAGAGAGAUGGGAGACUUCUGUUUGUCACACCGAUGGAUCCUCUGUAUCUUAUUUUGCCUUAUUUGAUCAAAUCUGGAAAAGAAGAUAAGUUCCAGCCUGUGGCUCAAAUGGUGAUGGAUGAAGACUUUCCUGCAUGCACCAAGCUCCUGAGCUGUACACGUUCUCUAGAUUCUAUGCAUCACAUUGCAGAUGAAAAAGAGGUGGGAAGCCUGAAAUUUCACCGAUACAGUCGGGAAAAAACGAUGGAUUGGUUGAAGAAAAAGGUGGAAAAAACAAUCCUGGUGCUAAAGAAGAGGAACAUCUCUGUGGGGCAGGGAGUUAAAUCCACAACAUACAUUCAACUCAAGAUUGAGUCUGGCUCAACUGAAGAGAACUACCUUCGCUACGCCCACGGCCUUAUAUCAGAGUACCUCAGCGAAGACCUAAGUAAAGAACUCCUCCAUCACCUGCAGUUGCCAGAGAUUACAAGUCCAACGGAGACAGAGCCACCUUUAAAGAAACGUAAACUGUCCGACAAGCCAGUGGAGGCAGGAGAAGACUACACCAAAUUCAACAGUGAAGACUUUGUGCGAAAACCGCCAAAGAAGAUGACGGCCGCACAGAAAAGUCUGGCAAAGGUGGACAAGACCGGGAUGAAGACAAUGUCAUCUUUCUUCAGCCCCAAAGUCAAAUCGGAAAAAAAAUGAUGGUCGGUUGCUCUUUUCAUAUUUUGUAAAUGUUACUUUUGUAUUAAAGGAAAGAAAAUGUUUACCGUCUUCACCUGCU